AGCGAGCCCUGCACUCAGUGCACCUGCCAGGAUGGAGAAGUGCAAUGUGAAGCCAUCUCCUGCUCCGCUACCUGCUCUCAUCCAUAUAUUUUUCCUGGAGAAUGUUGUGCUACUUGUGAAGAAUGUGCCUUUGAAGGACAUGUGUUGGAGAAUGGAGGGUCAUAUAUCUUGAAGUCUGACCCAUGUGUUGUGUGCCAUUGUUAUGCAGGAGAUGUGCAAUGUGAAGAGAGUGAAGAUUCCUGUACUCCUUGUGAGCAGAAGUCUCAGGAUUGUCAGAAUGAAGUCUCAGAACCCCUCAACUCUAAGCAACUACAAUAUUCUCCACAAGAUCCUGGACAAGUCAACGUUCCACUGAAGAUACUAAGUGCCACUAAAUCUCCAACAUUUGGCCGUCUGUCCUUAUCACAAAAGCUGCUUACGAGAAGAAUCCUGGUUACUACAGUGCCGUCUUCUCCUUUCUCUAGUUCUGUGCCCUCAGAUCAUGUCUCUCACUCAGAAUCAGUGUCUGCUCUACAGCAUCAACUAAAUUCAAAUACUGUGCCAUAUAUACAAAUCCAUCCUCUGCCAACUGGUGAAGAA